AAUCAACAGGCAGAAAUAAAGAAGAAUGAAGCCAUCCUUGCAAGACUCAAGUUUUUAAAGGCUUUUUACUGCUCUAUUGUGGCUCUGGAUAAACAUGAAUGCAGUGGUGUGAGUACAGCAAAACAGCUUCUUAAUACAGCAUUGACCUUAGUUGAUCCUAUUAAAAAAACAAUUGAGCUUGGUACACAUGGAGAUUUAGAGAAAGGUGAAAUGUUGGGCUUUGAGCCACUUGUGAACCAGCGUCUUCUGCCACCAUCCUUCCCUCGUUAUGUAUCAGUAUUUGGUAGAGAAGCAGCUGUAGACUACUUACAAGUGGUUGUCAAGAGACUGAUCCAUGUUUGUGGAGUUGUGGAAUAUACUCCUUUGCAUAUGAUUAUUGAUUUUGUCUCUGAAUUCAGCAAGACACAUCCAUGUGUACUGACCAGAUCCACCUUACAGGUGAAAUUGAAUUCAUUUGGUUUAAGUUGUGAGUUAUGUUUUAAGGUUUUGAGAGUUUUGAGAGGUUACCCUAUAAUUGGUUGACUCCUUUGGUCAAUGAUAAGAGAGAUUCUUUGCUGA